CGCAGCGUGCUUUCGUAGAGCGGUUUGCGCGGGUCGCAUGUUGUUUUGAACAGAACGUAGCGCCCUCAGCUGGAAGUCCCGUCCCAGAACUUGAUCCGUGUUACUUCCUGAUUAGAUUAAUUAUCCGAUAGGUGUACAGUGCCAGCAGAAUGCCGAGUGCAGCUCCGGGGGCCCCGGCAGCCACCGCCGCCAUGCAGGAAUCACUGGAGGCAGCCGGAAGAGUUAUAGACCGGUUACUGCAGGAGGAGAGAGCCUACCCCGACCUGUCCGACUUCCUCAAUGUCCCGGCCUAUAAUUGUCCCACGGUGUCGGGGAUGUCAGAAAUGGAUUAUCCCCUGCAGGGCCCGAGUCUGGUGAGCAUCCCCAGCCUGCCAGAGCUCAGCGCCAUCCGCAGAGUGCCGCUACCCCCGGAGCUGGUCGAACAGUUUGGACGUAUGCAGUGCAAUUGCAUGAUGGGUGUGUUUCCUGAAAUUAGCCGGGCUUGGCUGACCAUCGACAGCGAUAUUUUCAUGUGGAAUUACGAGGAGGGAGGGGACGUGGCAUACUUUGAUGGCCUCAGUGAGACUAUACUCUCAGUUGGACUUGUGAAGCCUAGAGACGGUAUAUUCCAGCCUCACAUUCGCUAUUUGCUCGUUCUUGCGACUCCUGUAGACGUCAUUGUAUUAGGAUUAAGCUUCACCAACUUACAGGCAGUGGGAAACCCCAAUGACAGCCUGUCUGUAGGAAUGCAGCUCCUUCCCGACCCCCUGUACUCCAUAUCAACAGAUAACACAUACUUGAUAACCAUAACGUCCACAAACAAUGGCCGCAUCUUCCUAUCUGGCAAAGAUGGCUGCUUGUAUGAGGUGGCUUACCAGGCUGACGCUGGAUGGUUUAGUCCCAGGUGCAGGAAAAUCAACCACUCGAAGAGCGCGCUGUCAUUCCUUGUCCCGUCAGUGCUUCAGUUUUCGUUUUCAGAGGACGACCCCUUAGUUCAGAUUGCUGUGGACAAUUCUAGGAACAUCCUCUACACCCGUUCAGAGAAAGGUGUACUACAGGUAUAUGACUUGGGGUACGAUGGUAACGGAAUGAGCAGAGUGGCUUCUGUGUCCCAGAACUCUAUAGUCUCCGCUGCAGGGAAUAUUGCCAGGACAAUAGAUCGCUCAGUUUUCAAACCCAUCGUCCAGAUUGCGGUGAUUGAGAAGUCUGAAUCUGUGAAUUGUCACCUACUAGCUAUUACUCAUGCAGGUGUCCGGCUCUACUUCAGUACUGGUCCAUUUAGGCAGCCUGCAGCUCCCCCCUCCAUGUUGACCUUGGUGCACGUCCGCUUACCACCUGGAUUUUCGGCCUCCUCCACCAUGGAGAAGCCUUCAAAAGUUCACAAAGCCCUGUAUAAUGAUGGUGUUCUGCUUAUGGCUGCUUCUGAAAAUGAAGAUCAUGACAUAUUGUGGUGCAUGAACCAUGACUUGUUUCCAUUCCAGAGGCCACUGAUGGAGAUGCAGGUGACUGCACCCGUUGAUGGUCAUUCCUGGACUCUUGCUUCUAUAGAUGAAAUAAAGGUUGAGAAGGUUGUAACUCCACUAAACAAAGACUUAAUCCCUGUGACGGACCCCCCUGUGAUGACACGACAACACAUUGUUCCCCCAAAGAAGUUUGUGCUGCUCUCUGCUAAGGGAAGUCAUAUAUUCCACAAACUCAGGCCGGUAGAUCAGCUCCGACUUCUUCUUGUCAGUAGUGCUGGAGGAGAAGGGGAAGAUGUUGAGCGCUUCUUCAAAUUACAACAGCAGGAUGAAGCCUGUGCAACCUGCUUAAUCCUUGCAUGUUCACAUGCGGCUUGUGACCGAGAGAUCUCUGUCUGGGCUACUCGGGCAUUUUAUAGAUAUGGAGGUGAAGCCCAGAUGAGAUUCCAGCCUUCUCUUCCUGCCCCUGCAAAUGCCGGUGCAAUGUUCGGUUCACCUCUGCCAGUUGGGUCACCCCUACCUAUAAGCAGUCCGAUGCCGAGCUUCCUGGCUACACCGGCUCAAGGUGUCUAUCCUCCAAAUAUAUCUACUCCAGUGUAUUCAGUAGCAAGUCCUGCCAGUCAGUCUACUGCUCCUCUGCCGCCUGGUUUACUGGGCUCAGAAAUGGUCUUUUCUGGAAAAUGCAAAGGAAUUUGCAUUUAUUUUACACGUAUUAUCAAUAACAUCUGGGAUGGAAGCAUGAUUGUGGAAAGAAGUUUUAAGGUUGAAAACCGAGAUGUCACAGCGAUUGACAGCAGCAUCUCGCCCCUAGUACUGCAGUCAGUUCUACAGGAGCUAAAAGGGUUACUGGAAUUUUUGGACAGGAACUCGCAGUUCGGUGCAGGCUCCCUAGGAAAUCCAAGUUUUGGAACACCAGUUAAUAUUCAGCGUUUGGGUGGCAUCAGCCGUCAUGAUUUGGGUUCUCAACAAGUCCAGCAAGAACUGCAGAGAAAGUACCAUACUGAGGCCCAGCUACUGGAGAAGACUUCUCUUCAGGGGAUCCACAUCUUGGUCAGAAAGACCUGUCAAGCCUUAGCAUUGUGGAGACUUCUCUGUGAGCACCAGUUACACCACAUCGUGUCUGAUCUUCAGAAGGAGCUACAGGAGCAACUGAAAAUAACCUCCUUCAAAGACAUAGUGACCCGAGACAAGGAGCUGACGGGAGCUCUUGUUGCGUCGCUGAUCAAUCAUUAUAUCCGUGACAAUGCAUCAGUGGAUGGAAUCGGUUCUCGUCUCCAGGAAGUUUGCCCUCUCUUUUAUAGCCCCGAUGAUGCCAUAUGCUCAAAGGCAAAUGAGCUUCUGCAGCGGUCCCGUCAGGCACAGACUAAAUAUGAUAAAGAGUUAAUGCUCAGAGAGUCUCUGCGGGAGUACCAGAAAAUAAGUCAACAAGUUGACCUGGCUAAUGUCUGUGGACAGUACAGGCAAGUGCGAUUUUAUGAGGGUGUUGUAGAACUAGGUCUAUCUGCUGCUGAGAAGAAGGAUCCUAAGGGACUGGGACUGCACUUUCACAAGAAUGGUGAGCCAGAAGAGGAUGCUGCAGGCUUCCAGGCAUUUCAGGAAAGGUUAAACUGCUACAAAUGUAUCACGGAUACUCUGCAAGAGCUGGUUAACCAGAGCAAAGCGGCUCCUCAAUCCCCAAGUGUGCCCAAAAAGCCAGGCCCUCCGGUAUUGUCCACAGACCCCAACAUGCUAAGUAAUGAAGAGGCUGGACUUCAUUUUGAACAGAUGCUGAAACUGUCUCAGCGUUCUCCAGAUGAGCUCUUCAAUAUAGCCUUGUUCAACUGGCUCAUACAAGCAGAUCUUUCAGACAAGCUGCUAGAGCUUAACUCUCCUUUCCUGGAGCCUCAUCUAGUGCGAAUGUCUAAGAACGAUCAGAACAAAGUGCGGAGCAUGGACUUACUAUGGAGAUACUACGAGAAGAACAGGAAUUUCGGCAGCGCUGCGAGGGUAGUGGCCAAAUUGGCAGACAUGGACAGCACUGACAUAUCUCUUAAACAGAGGAUUGAGUAUUUGUCUAUAGCCAUCCUAAGUGCAAAAAGUUCCACUGGUGUAUCUAUGCUGUCUGAUGGAGAAUUCUUGCAUGAACUUGAAGAGAAAAUGGAGGUGGCCAGGAUACAGCUACAAAUCCAAGGAACAUUGGUCAGAAGAUACGCCCAUCAGCCAUCCACACAGAAUGCCGUGGCGCUGCUGGAUUCCCAGUUAAUGGACACUACAAGGUUAUAUGGAGAUUUUGCUGACCCUUUCAAGCUUUCGGAGUGCAAACUUGCCAUCAUUCACUGCGCUGGUCAUUCAGAUCCCAUCCUGGUGCAGAGCCUAUGGGAAGAAAUUAUAGAAAGAGAAUUGAACGACAGUAUAGGAAUGAAUGCGGCUGAGCGAAUGCAAGUAUUAAAUCUGAAGCUGACCUCGCUUGGCAAGAUCUAUGCCAGUACACCGCGUUACUUUCCUCUUGAGUUUUUAGUGAAGCAUUUGGAAAAACAAGUCUGCAACUUUAAUUGGGACGUAGGCUUCGUAUCACAGACCAUGCAAGAGAUCGACGUGUCCGUCCCCAAGUUGCUUGAAGUAUAUGAUCAUCUGUUUAAAGAGAGGGAUCCAUUUUGGGCUAGAGUAAAGAAACCUUUGCAUCUGCUGGACUGUAUCCAUGUGCUGCUGUCUGGAUAUGCACAGGACCCCAAUAAAGUCCAAAGGCAUGAGAGACGGCUGUUUAACAUGAUGUGUCUUGAUGCCAUCUCCCUCUAUCUGGUCGAGCUCCACUCGAUGGAGCCCACAACGACGGUACAAGCAGCCGUCGGGAACUUCAAAUCUUUACAAGCCAAAAUAGAACGAUUAGGUUUUAACUAGUCCAUGACAUGACAAUUUUUUUAAUUGAUUAUUUUGUAACGACCUUGAACUGAGCCAAUGAUGGAGAAACCAACAAGCACUUGUAAGGGAUCGGAGGACAACAGCAGAUCUGGAUUUUGUAUUCUUGACUUUUCAAUCAAACCAGAAGUUAUGUAAAUAAAACCAACUGGUUUACACAGAA